AUGGAUGGGAUAGGAAAGAGCAGUCUUAGUGAACUGGAUUCACUACUGCAGGACUUAGAGAAGGGGAAAUUGAAUCAAAAGGGAGAGGGAACUGUGACAAAAUCGGUGAUGAUCCGUGAAGAAAACCGUAGGUAUGAAACCUCAGAUGGCUAUGGUGAUGGUGGACGUCCUGAGGUCGAUUGUGUAUUUGAGCCGAAGAGAAAAACAACCACUGCAUCUUCAGCCACCAAGGAGUUAGAAGACCUCAUGUCCACUUUGUCUGAUAUUCGCAUGCAGGGGUCCCAUCAUGUGAGCCAGAAUGGGGACUAUGCUAAACCAAACCGCAUCAAGGACCGCAGGGGCAACCAGCUUGAUUCCAUGCUGGGGAAUCUGCAGAGCACCAUGGAUAAGCAAGGUGUUACUGCAACUCAAAAAGGAUGUUGUUCUGCCUGUAAGAAGCCAAUCGUUGGUCAAGUCGUAACUGCAUUGGGGAAGACAUGGCAUGUUGAACACUUCACUUGUGCUCACUGCAAUCAGGAGUUGGGAGCCAAGACUUUCUUUGAAAGAGAUGGCUUGCCUUACUGUGAGCCAGACUAUCAUAAUCUCUUCUCUCCACGCUGUGCCUAUUGCAAUGGACCCAUCCUUGACAAAUGCAUCACUGCAUUGGAGAAAACCUGGCAUCCAGAACAUUUCUUCUGUGUCAAAUGUGGGAAGACCUUUGGAGAUGAUGGUUUUCAUGAGAAAGAUGAUGAGCCAUACUGUAGGGAAGACUACUUUGCCCUUUUUGCACCUAAGUGCAAUGGAUGCAAUCACCCCAUCACAGAAAACUACAUUUCUGCCUUGAACACUCAAUGGCACUCACACUGCUUUGUUUGCAGAGAUUGUGGCCAGCCUUUCUCCGGAGGAUCAUUUUACGACUUUGAAGGGAUGCCAUACUGUGAGACCCAUUACCACCAGAAGAGGGGCUCAUUGUGUGCCAGUUGCCACAAGCCCAUUACAGGACGCUGCAUUACAGCCAUGUUUAAGAAGUUCCACCCUGAACAUUUUGUCUGCUCCUUCUGCCUCAAGCAGCUGAACAAGGGUACUUUCAAGGAGGAAGGGAACAAGCCUUAUUGCCACUCUUGCUUCAGCAAGCUCUUUGCAUGA